AUGUCGCAUCCCCCCGAGUCGUCGCCGCAGGCCGCAGCGCCGCUUGCGCUCCCGUCCAAGGAGGACGCGGCUGCGACCAAGGUCGAGGUCGACGCGCCCAACACCGUCAAGCUCGACCACCUUGGCCCGAUCGUUGUGAACUCGGACGGCACGCUUGCGCGCGUGCCAAACUGGCACGAGAUGACCAAGGACGAGCAGGAGCGCACCACACGCAUCCUCGCCAAGCGCAACCAGGCGCGCCUCGAAAAGCUCCGCGGCGACGUCGCCCCGCCGUCCUCGUAG